AAUUAUUGACCAACUCUGACGCUACCCCUUCCAGAUCUAAUAACCAUCACAGAGCUACACCAUACCCAUCGCACACUUACAACUUUCAAAUUAUGAGGCACCGUGGAUCAAGGCGGAGACGACUGUCGGCACGACUAAUCAUCGCCGUUUUAUCUAUUCUUGCCACUGGCGUUGGCCUGUUGAUGCUUUUGAUUAUUAUGUUUGCACUCACAUCGCUUGCUCCUUCCACCCUUGCUGUUGAUGAGUUUCAUAAAAAACCAGCCGACGUCAUUUAUACUCCGGUUUCUCGAGAAACGAAGGCCGAAAAUAUAACAGUUGAAACUUCGAAUUCGACUUCACGUUCAAGUUCGAAGCGGUGUGCCACGGUGGAAGAAAUGGGCGAAGUUUUUAAGGGUGAUGUCUGGGAAGAAAGUCUUAGAGUUAGAAAACUCAUUCAAAAUCACUUCCUUUUAAAUGGGGCUUCAAGAGUCCGUGGUCUUCCACCAGAGCAGUUCUGCAGACAUGGGUUUGUGAUGGGGAAGUCAUCAGAAGCUGGCUUUGGAAAUGAAAUGUACAAGGUCUUAACGGGUGCAGCACUCAGUGUGAUGUUGAACCGGUCCCUAAUAAUUGGGCAAACCAGGGGUAAAUAUCCAUUUGGGGAUUACAUUUCUUAUUCCAACAUUUCCUUUACCUUGGAAGAAGUCAAGCAUCUUUGGAGACAUAAUGGUUGUGUGAAGAAGUUUGGAAGACAUCUGGUUAUGAGGAUUGAUGAUUUUGAGAAGCCAGCACAAACAAAUGUCUUAUGUAGCAACUGGAGGAAAUGGGAGCAGCCUAUUAUUUGGUUUCUAGGCACAACAGAUGCUGUGGCGGCUCAAUUCUUCUUGAAGAAUGUACACCCUGAGAUGAGGAUGGCAGCUUCUGAUUUAUUUGGUCAUUCAGAUUCUCUCCAAGCCCGACCAAAUGUCUUUGGUGAGCUAAUGAGGGUGCUGAUAUCCCCGUCAGAAGAUGUUAAGGAAGCUGUCAAUUGGGUUCUCAAUAAUGGGGUGGAACCUGAUGUUUCAUUGCAUAUGCGGAUGCUUACAAAUAGGUCUGUGAGAGUUUUACAAGCAGCAUUGAAGUGUAUUAGAAAAGUGGUGGACAGUCUUCACCAGACAUCAAGACCUAAGAUAGUUUUAGUGUCAGAUACCCCCUCCUUUCCACAAAGUAUAGCGCCUAAUAUAAGUGAAUUUGCAGAGGUUUUUCACUUUGACUAUAAACGUUUCAGAGGAAGUAUCUCUCAUGAUGUCAAUAGAAUGGACGGUUUAGAAUUUAGGGCGAAGGAUUGGGGCCCUGCACCUCGAUGGGUUGCAUUUGUGGACUUCUUUCUUGCAGCACGUGCAAAACAUGCUGUUGUUUAUGGAGCUUUCAGGCGAGUUGGGACUACUUAUGCUCAGUUGAUUGCAGCACUCGCUGCAGCAAACAGUCUUGAUGAUAAUUCAACUGGUUUAAGUUUCUUAGUCUAUAGCAGUUUCCAGAGUAAUUUGUUGAGAGAAGGAUUGAGAUUUCAGACUGGUUGGGGACAUGUUUGGAACAGAUUUGCAGGGCCAUUGAGUUGUCAUAACCAGUCCCAUCAAUGUGCAUUCACACCACUACUUCCUCCAGCAUGGUGGGAUGGCCUCUGGCAAUCCCCACACCCUAGAGAUAUUCAGAGGCUGGCAGCAUACGGUGUCCAACUGUCCGGUAUGGGAACAAUAGAUGAUACUAAGCUUCAGUCUUUCUGUAGUUCUAAGAAAAAUAGUUUGAAAACUGUUACAAUCAUUUAGUUGCCUCUUUGGAGGUUGCUCUUUUGUCUAGCAAUAGUCGCUCAAAAUUUCGAGAAAAUUUACCAAUAUGCAGAUCAUUGAUGUUCUCUCA